AUACUGAAUACAGUACUCUUUAGUUAGUGGUAGUUACAGAAUACAGAGGAGUGCAGAAUGUUUUAAUAGUGAAACCUCUAAACAGGUUUUUAAGUGAAGAAAACCGGUGUAUAUCUGUGAAUAAAUGUGUCAAAUAUAGGAUAUUACUUAAAACAGAUUAACUGCACUUAUUUAAUAAAAGGCACCACUACUUACUAACACAAGAUGUCCGUAUUAGGAAUGGUAUCAGCCGUAGCGGGCUUUGUCAAAGUCCGCUACUUGGUUGAUAAAGCUCUAAUUGACAAUAUGGUGUUUAGAGCCCACUAUAGAGUCACCUCUGCCAUAUUGUUUUUAUGCUGUAUCAUCGUUACUGCGAAUAAUCUAAUUGGUGACCCCAUUCAGUGCAUCAACGACAGGGGUGUGCCAGGUCAUGUAAUAAAUACGUUUUGUUGGAUAACACACACUUUUACGUUACCCCACGAACAAGGAAAACGCGUCGGCACCGAGGUUGCUCAUCCUGGUCUUGGUAAUGAAAAUCAGGAUAAGAGAUACCACAGCUACUACCAAUGGGUUCCUUUCGUUUUAUUCUUCCAGGGGGUGCUCUUUUACAUUCCUCAUUGGUUGUGGAAAAAUUGGGAGCAAGGAAAAAUUCGCAUGAUCACCGAGGGUAUGAGAGGAUCGAUGGUUGGAGUUGGUGAGAAGGCAGAGAGAGAACAUAGACAGAAUAGACUCGUACAAUAUCUUAUAGAAACGAUGCACAUGCAUACUUCCUAUGCAUUCGGAUACUUUAUUUGUGAAGCUCUAAACUUUGUUAAUGUGAUGGUAAACAUAUUCAUGACUGACAAAUUCCUUGGUGGAGCGUUCCUAACCUACGGCACUGACGUAGUUUCCUUUUCGAACAUGAAUCAAGAAAACCGCACGGAUCCCAUGGUAGCGAUCUUUCCAAGGGUAACAAAAUGUACAUUCCACAAAUUCGGUCCUUCGGGAUCAAUUCAAAAGCAUGACGCCCUCUGUGUGUUGGCCUUGAACAUUCUCAAUGAGAAGAUUUACAUUUUCCUAUGGUUCUGGUUUAUUAUUUUAGCUAUACUAUCUGGAUUGGCUAUUGUGUAUUCGGCAGCUGUGGUAUUACUACCUAGUACAAGAGAAACGAUUUUGAAGAGGAGAUUCAGAUUCAAGGUACCCAAUGCUGUUGAGACCAUUGUUAGAAAAACACAGGUUGGUGACUUCCUUUUGAUCCAUUUACUGGGACAAAACACAAACCAAUUGGUAUUUGGCGAAAUUUUAGACGAAUUCGUAAGAAGACUGAAUUUCGGUAGCAACAGCAACUUACCGUCUGCCCCCAGCACUCUAGAACUGAGUCCAAUGUAUCCAGAAAUAGUUAAGUUCAAAGAGACGGAAGCCUAAUUCUACAAAUGCAAUUGACUUCACGAAGAAAGUUAGACAUUAAGAGACGUUUUGAAUGGGAUGUAGACUACGAGCCCAUUACUUUUAAGAAUUGUAUGUAAGACAACGACAUAUUUUAUAGUUUAAUUCUAGAUAUAUACUUAUUUCUGUAAUUUAUAAGCUAUUUUAUAUUAUUAACUUUAAUUCGCCAUAAUUAAGAGCUGUAGAUCUCCAAAUUAGUGUAUUUUCUACUUAUUAUGUGAUUAUUAAGUAAUUGAUAUAACUGCUUUUGCAGGCUUUACGAAUUUUAUUGGGACCAAUUUAUAAUGUAUACAAAUGUUUACUAGAUCAGUAUAUAUGAUAUAUAUUCUUUAGAUGCAAUAGACAUACUUUUUUGUAGACAAGUGCCUUUUUCAAUAAAUAUUUUUGGU